AUGCCAGCGGCCAUGGGCACGUCACAGAUGGGCAUGGCUGGUUAUGCCCAGUAUGCUGGAGGCCAAUACCCUGGAUAUGGGACAGCAUAUGGAUACUCCGAUCCUUAUGGCAGGCCCUAUGGGUCCAGCAUGGGAGAGGCGGUACCAUCAGGUUGUGGCUAUAUGCAGGGGGUGACUCCACCACCACCGCCACCACCUGGUGCUCCCCCACCACCCGGUGCGCCGCAGCUGUACAUGCAAGGGCCCAUGACGGAGGAACAGCGACUUGCCGAUGAGCGUGACAAGGCACGAAGGCGUUUGGAAGAUGAAACUCGUCUCCGGAACGAGGAGCUUCACAGAAAGGCGGAUUCCGAACGAGCAGUAGCGACUGUUCGCAAUGCAAUCCUUCAUCUGCAGAAUGGGCAGUCAGACGCUUUGGACAAGUUGCAAAAGACGUUGGAGAAAACUUCCGAGCGGGAGUUGCCCAAGUGCGAAAGCCAAGCAGAAGCUUUAAAGCGCGAUAUGAGCAAGGCAAUUGCUGAAGCUACAAAGCGACGCGAAGAGCUCCGUGAGCUCAAGGCCAUGAUCAGGAGUGGUGACGAGCACAUCAAGGCCACCGCGGAGUUGAUCCGGCAAAACCUGGCUCGAGAUAAGGAUAAAGAUCAAGAGGAGAUGCAUGAUCAAUUGGAGAACGCUGGGUUGGAGGCGCUGGGAAUGAGUGACACCUACAAGUCCUUUAUGGAGGAACGAUCCAAAUCCCUUGAGGAAUUGAAGAGUGGCACUAAGGGUCCAGCGUUGGUGGACUUGCGACUCCUAGUUGCCAAGAUCAGAAAGCUGAGCGGCGAUUUGACCCAAACGGCAACGAAUGCAGCCAGCGUCGUGAGGGAAGGCAAGGAGAAACUCGCUCGCCGUGAGGCGGCAGUGGAGCUAUCUCAGCGCAUACAGGACACGUUUGCCCUGUAUGAUGCGGAUGAUGAUGGCUUUUUGUCCAAGCAAGAGGUCAUCCGGUACGCCGAAGGUGAAUUUACAUUCACACCUCCAGAAUCUUGCAUAGAAAGACUCUGGAGAAACUUGGUCACUCCAGGCAAAUCUGGUAUCGCCUUUGACUGCUUCCAGCAGAUGAAGGUGACGAUUGGCGCUGCGCGUGUCAUAGAGAAGGAAAGAAGAAAAGCUCAAAGCACCACCUAG